AUGGUCGUCCACACGGAGGAGCGAGAGUACAAGUGCGACCAGUGUCCCAAGGCCUUCAACUGGAAGUCCAACCUCAUUCGCCACCAGAUGUCCCACGACAGCGGCAAGCGCUUCGAAUGUGAAAACUGUGUGAAGCACGUGGGCGCGCGGGCGCACGCCUGCCCCGACUGCGGGAAGACCUUCGCCACGUCCUCCGGCCUCAAGCAGCACAAGCACAUCCACAGCACCGUGAAACCUUUCAUAUGUGAGGUCUGCCACAAGUCCUACACGCAGUUCUCCAACCUGUGCCGCCACAAGCGCAUGCACGCCGACUGCCGCACGCAGAUCAAGUGCAAGGACUGCGGCCAGAUGUUCAGCACUACCUCCUCCCUCAACAAGCACCGGCGCUUCUGCGAGGGCAAGAACCAUUACCCGCCCGGCGGCCUCUUCAAAAAAGUCAAAGAGAGGGGGUGGCUCCGGGGAGUCCCCCAGCCUCUCCCGUUCUCACACCAACAGAUGUCGGCCAUUGAGACCAUGACGGAGAAGCUGGAGAGCUUCGCGGCCAUGAAGGCGGACUCCAGCGCCCUGCAGCCCCUGCCCCAUCACCCCUUCAACUUCCGCUCCCCGCCCCCCACGCUCUCCGACCCCAUCCUCAGGAAGGGCAAGGAGCGCUACACCUGCAGGUACUGCGGGAAGAUCUUCCCCCGAUCUGCGAACCUCACGCGACACCUGAGGACGCACACCGGGGAGCAGCCGUACAGGUGCAAGUACUGCGACCGGUCCUUCAGCAUCUCCUCCAACCUGCAGCGGCACGUCCGCAACAUCCACAACAAGGAGAAGCCCUUCAAGUGCCACCUGUGCAGCCGCUGCUUCGGGCAGCAGACCAACCUGGACCGGCACCUGAAGAAGCACGAGCAUGAGCACGCGCCAGUGAGCCAGCACUCCGGGGUCCUCACGAACCACCUGGGGACCAGCGCCUCCUCCCCCACCUCUGAGUCGGACACCCACGCACUUUUAGACGAGAAGGAAGACUCCUAUUUCUCCGAAAUCAGAAACUUCAUCGCCAACAGCGAGAUGAGCCAGGUGUCGGCGCGAACAGACACACGGCCAGAGGUCCAGGAGCUGGACGGCACCGCGCCGUGCCCAGGCCUGGCCAGCGGGAAGCCGGAGGACGGCGAGGAGGAGGAGGAGGAGGAGCUGGAGGAGGAGGAUGAUGACAGCCUUGCGGGGAAGUCCCAGGACGACAACGUGUCCCCCGCACCCGAGCCCCAGGGUGCCUACGAGGACGAGGAGGACGAGGAGCCCCCCGCCUCCCUGGCUGUGGGCUUCGACCACACCCGAAGGUGCGCUGAGCCGCCGGUGGGCGGUCUCUUAGCUUUGGAGCCGAUGCCGACUUUUGGGAAGGGGCUGGACCUGCGCAGAGCAGCCGAGGAAGCGUUUGAAGUUAAAGAUGUGCUUAAUUCCACCCUAGACUCUGAGGCUUUAAAACAGACCCUGUACAGGCAGGCUAAGAACCAGGCGUACGCAAUGAUGCUGUCCGUCUCCGAGGACCCUCCUCUCCGCGCCUCUGCCCAGAGCCCCCUGGAUGCAUGGCUGAGCAUCACGGGACCCACACCCGAGGCUGGAGCCUUUAACCCCAUCAACCACCUCUGACCGGCCCGGGGGGCUGGGGCUGGGGCUGGCGAGGUGACCUCGGGCCCCACAUCGCGACAGAA